AUGGGGCAAAAAAACAGCGUUGAAUAUAGAGUUGAAGGCAGAGGGGAUAUUGUGACCGGGCCAUCUCCUUUUGAUGACUUGCCAGUGGAAUGUAUCUCUAACAUAAUCUCUUUUACAAGUCCUCGGGAUGCGUGUGUUGUUGCUUCCGUUUCGAAAACCUUUGGAUCCGCGGUCCAGUCGGAUAGCAUAUGGGAGAAGUUUCUACCGCUAGGGUAUGCAUCUAUGAUCCCACAACCGCGAGCUUUCUCAACGAAGGAGCUCUAUUUCGCUCUUUGCGAUCAUUUUUUAAUCGAAGAUGGCAAAAAUAGCUUUUGGUUAGAUAAAGCGAGUGGGAAGAAGUGUGUAAUGGUAUCUGCGAAGGAAUUAGCGAUCACAUGGGGAAACAGUCCUCAACACUGGCAAUGGAUUUCUAUUCCUGAAUCUAGGUUUGAAAAGGUAGCAGAGCUUCUCAGUGUAUGGUGGUUUGAGAUUCGUGGCAAAAUGAAUACUCGUCUCAUAUUUCUUGGAACUCGUUACUCAGCUUACAUUGUGUUCAAGACGGUGAAUAAAUGUCCUGGCUUGGCGGAUUUGCCAGUAGAAGUGGGAGUUGGACUGGUGGGACAAGAAAUUCCUAAACAACUCAUCUACUUUGAUGGGUAUAUGGAUAAGGAUGCUAAAAAAGAAAGGGGAGAAAUGAGAGAUGUAAUGAAACCAAAGAAGAGGGAAGAUGGGUGGAUGGAAGCAGAGCUUGGAGAAUUCUUUAAUGAAGAAGGUUGUAAUGAAAUUGAGCUGAGUGUUAUUGAGAUUAAGUCUCCUUAUUGGAAAUGUGGUUUGAUUAUUCAAGGAAUUGAAUUCAGACCUACAACAAGCCGGUAG